AUGGAAAAGGAAAGCCGAGGAGAGGGCGAAGAAAAUUCCACAGGUGAAAUGUUUGAUCCGCGCACGUCGUAUUUUCUUCUACUCCUCCUGACAUGGCUGCUGUCCGUGGCAAAGGCCGGUCGUUAUGAAUACAUCGUUGAAAAUGAUGCAGUUUUCGAUAAAUGCCCCGAAUUGGAGAACAAUAAUGGCAUUGACGAUUUAAUGGAUAUGAGUGGUGUAAAUUUCGAAUAUUUUGAAGGGAAAAUUUAUGUAACAGGAAAUGCAUCGCUCGUAUGGGAAGGUGUGGAAUCCACAGAUAUUGUUACAGGUUACGGUGAACUUCUGAAAUUUCAACGUGGUUACUGGCAGCCUACACCAAUUUACAUGUCUACGAAAGAUUUCUGUUCCAUUCAAUUUAAUAAAGCAUCCGUGUGGUAUCAAAUGUGGACCCGAUAUAUACCUGAAGAUGAACGUAAAUGUAUUAAUAAUUAUGGUCAUAUCUAUCACUAUGAAAAUUUUAAUGUGAACACUGUUCUGGAGUUUGCCUACAAUAUGGAAGGUCGUUACAAACUAUUGGCACGAUUUCAAGCAGUCGAUCCAGAAACCAAAGAACAACGACCGAAAGAAAUAUGUUUUCAAAUAUUUGGAGAAUUUGUUAAGGUGAAAUGA